CAGUGGUAUCAAGAAGGUCAAGACUCCAAGAUUGUUCUACACAUCAAACAAAAUCAGUUCAGAGCUGUGAUGGAGUAUCAGACAUAGACAGCUACAAAUCAAGUGGUACAGACAUUCUGAUUCUAUCACCAUCCAAGAGAACAUUCACUGUUCUCUCUGUUUCAAAACUUUGGCAUGUCCAGAGGGCAUUUGAAGUAUCUGAAGUUAUUAAACAGCAGCCAAGUGUAAUCAAAGUCAUAGCUUAUAAAAAUGGCACAAGAAAGAUCUUUGCUAAAUAUUCCUUACCUCUUGCAUGCAUUUAGCUGCCGGAGGAGUCCUCUGAAAAGCUGAAUCUGAACAUGGCUGCAAGAUGAGUGUUCUUGGCAGACGGCACCGAAGCACUAGAACCUAAAACCAUACCCCAUGAUGCCGACAUUUAUAUUUCUGCUGGAGAGACCUUCUUCUAUCCAUUCAAAAAACUGAAAGACCAUCUGUCAUUAAUGAAGAAAGUAUCUUGGACAGUGAAUGGCGUGGUUCUUCAUAAAGGUGUCAAGCGAAAGAAAACCACCC